AUGAAAAAUGCAGGCUUCAUUUCAUUAGUAUUUUUUUCACUUUUCUCUGAUCUCGUGGACUCUAUUGCCGUGCGAGAUAAGAAUCCAUGUGCAGCCCCGACCUUGGCGUUACGACUAACGCCGCAGCUCUUCAUCACUCGACACAGAAGAGCACUCGAAGCUUGCUACACAUGUAAUCCGCAGCGUUUGCCCAUCCGGCUUCACGGCAGCCGCCGAGCUGGGCGGCUGCGAAUCCGGGCGCUGAACCCGGAGAAGGCUGAGCUACAUCCCGAGUCGCUGAGCGGUGUUGAGCCAUCGGUUACCGCAGAACGCAUUGAUGAGCUCAAACGCAAGGGCAUCAUUGAAGGCGAGAGCCACACGUGGAGGAAUUGGCAUGUAGUCACCCAGGGGCAAUGGCCAGACAUCGGCCAACCGGUACUUCCCAAGUCGGCGCGGAAUCCGUCGAUAACGGAGCCCUAUGCUCUGCGCAAGCCGCUGGAGUAUUGGGGUUUUUUGCGCGGCGUGGAUACGAACAUCACCUCCUAUCCGCUGGUUUGGGAGUUCUACAACGACACCUACGGAAAGGUUGACGUAGCUGCAUAUGGCGGCAGCAACCCCCUGUACACCCCGUCGAUGUUCCAGCCGACGUGGUUUAUGGAGGAGGACCGUGGCGGCCUGGGCUACAAUGACUGCAGGAUCUUUGGCGGCUGGAUCGGCCUGGACCUCGACUCACCUACUAAGGUGAAAACCGCUAGCGAGCUCAUCUCUAUCCCCGACACCGGCCGGCUCUACCAAAAGUUUUACCUCGGUCCAUAUCCAAUCACCAUGGGCUGGACUAUAGGCUCAUUGCUGAAGGUGUUGACCCUGUCUCGUAGCCCUGGCCACGGCGUUGUUGCCGUUAAAAUUCACAACAUGCGGGAAGACACUACCAUCCCUGGCGUAGUGGACGAUCUGCUGAAUAUCGCACUUAAUUUGAAUGGGGUAGCGCUGGAGACGCUAAAACCGGGUGAGGAGGCGCGCGUACGCAUGCUGCUUCGUGGCCCUGCUAUGGUGUGCGCGGGAAGUCUCGAAUGGCCAUCGUUUGUGCGGGUUGCGUCACCAGACACGUACAUCGCGAAGAUCGAAGAGGGCGGCGAACUUGAUAUAGAGCUGAAAAUCGAAUGGGGCCGGGGGGUCUGGCUUGCUGACGAUAAAGGUCUGUACCGUCAGGAGGAGGGCGCAGACGGUGUGUGCAUGAAGCGCCGUUGGAUAAAAGAAGUCCAGGAAGAGGGUUUUUACCCUAUGACAACUUUCUUCGGCGGGUGUCGCAUGGUUCGAUUGGCUGUGCACAAACUGCUCGGCCAACGCUGGGACAUAAUCUCCAACUCGUGCCCCGACCCACGCGAGCAACUCGUGGUGGAGGUGUGGACGGACCGUUCCACCACCCCGAAAGCAGCGUUGGAGUUCGGUUUGCUGGAGAGCCUUGCGUGGCUGAGGGAGCUCAAGCGGCAGCUGUCGCAGGACGUAGAUUUUGACGGCGAGGACGAGCAACUGCGUGACACAUGGGAGAAGAUCGACAAGUAUCAGGCUCUUCAGCACCGUCAAGACUUGAUGGGUGGCCCUCCCGUGUACAACUUGCACGAAUUGAAUCUGUCGCCUCCGGUGAAAGAGUCUGACUGCGAGUACAUUGGUACCCCCGACGACGUCAAGGAGAUACCGCAGGCCCCGUACUCCCUGCCGAAGAUUCCACCCAAUCGACCACAGAAGGACACGCUUGAGUGGCUGGCCGACGAGCUGCAGGUGGAGGAGUACACCGAUCCUUCUCCCAUUAACGCGCGGAACUUCGAGAAAUUCACUAGCCCGCCCGAGGACGCAGCUGCCGCCGUCGACGUCUCCGUGCUCCCAGUCGCGCCCGAAGUCAUUGCGUCGUUGCGCAUGUGCGGAUUUAAUAAUGUAGGGGACAUGGUCUCGCUGUCAUCCUCGGAGCUGGAACGCUACCCCGACGUAUCUCCCGAGGAUGCCGAGCGGAUUGUGGCGUUCAUCAGGACCAACCUGAAACUCCAGCCUCCAUGA